CCUGCAGCCCUGACGUCACUACAAGAUACAACUCCCUGCAGCCCUGACGUCACUACAAGAUACAACUCCCUGCAGCCCUGACGUCACUACAAGAUACAACUCCCUGCAGGGACAGCAGUGAUUCCCAGUAAAGGGCAAGUCUGCCUGCAGAUACAGAGAGGAUCUCCGGCUGGAACAUGGGUUGUGGCCCCGGGAUGCCCGGGGGGGCCCUGUGGCCCCUGUUGCUGUGUGUGAGUUGGCUCCAUUGGCUCCAUGCCGGGGCAGAUAUGUACAGCUCUAUGGCGAGUAUCCAGCAGGCUGUGGGCAUGGAGGGGGCCCUCCUGCAGCACCUGGGGCAGUACCUCCAGCAGGAAACCCAACGGCUCAGCGACCUGAGAAGGUUCUAUGAGAAGGUCCAGGCCUCCCACCAAGCCGGCGGCCCCCCCGUACAAGACCCCAUUCUCGCUUACACCCUAUUGAAGCGGCUGCAGUCAGAGUGGAUGAACGUGGUUCACAGUUCGGAAGCCAAUGAAAAUAUCCAAGCGCUGAAGGAGGGGUACGAGAAGGUGAAGCAGGACCUCCCCGCGCCUGAGGAUGUGGAAGGGGCGGCCAAGGCUCUGAUGAGGUUACAAGAUGUCUACUCGCUGAAUGUGAAUGGCCUGGCCAGGGGGAUGUUCCAAAGGUCCAGCAGCUCGGACACCAAGCUCUUGUAUAACCCCCCGCACCUCUCCAUCAUGUCUGCGGAUGACUGUUUCCACAUAGGCAAGGUGGCCUAUGACAUGGAGGAUUAUUACCACUCCAUCCCGUGGUUGGAAGAAGCCGUCAGCCGUUUCCGCGGUUCUUAUGGGAAUUGGAGGACAGAGGACGAGGGCAGUUUGGAGGAAGCGCUGGAUUACUUGGCCUUUUCUUAUUACAAGGCAGGAAACAUCUCCCAUGCUUUGGAUCUCUCCAGGGAGUGCCUACUCUAUGAUCCAGACAACGGCAGGCUGGCGCGGAACAUCGCCAAGUACGAGCAGAUAUUGUACGAGAGUCCGACUGCCGACGCCGACGCGGAAGAGAUGAAACUGCAGAGACCCAACGUCACCCACCUGAAGACCAGGGACCUGUAUGAAGGAUUAUGCCAGACACUGGGAUCCCAGCCCACAAGCUACGAAGACCCCCACAUGUCGUGCAUGUACGACACCAACAGCCACCCUUACCUGCUCCUCCAGCCAAUGAAGAAAGAGAUAGUGAGUCUCCGCCCACAGGUAGUUCUGUACCACGACUUCGUCAGUGACCUGGAGGCUGAGAAGAUAAAGGAGCUGGCAUCUCCCUGGUUACACAGAUCGGUAGUGGCCUCGGGGGAGAAGCAGGCGGAGGCUGAAUAUCGAAUAAGCAAAAGCGCCUGGCUGAAGGACACCAUCCACCCCUUUGUCCAGAAUCUGGACACUCGGAUCUCGGCCGUGACUGGUCUAAAUGCCCAUCCCCCGUACGCCGAGUACCUACAGGUGGUCAACUAUGGAAUCGGGGGUCACUAUGAGCCUCACUUCGACCAUGCCACGUCCAGAAAAAGUCCCCUGUACAGAACCAACACCGGGAACAGAUUAGCGACGUUCAUGAUCUAUCUCAGCCAUGUCGAUCUGGGGGGAUCCACCGCGUUUGUCUUUGCCAAUUUCAGCUCCCCUGUGGUUAAGAACGCUGCUGUUUUCUGGUGGAACCUGCACAGGAACGGGCUGGGCGACGAAGAUACCCUCCAUGCUGGGUGCCCCGUGAUAAUCGGCAGCAAGUGGGUUGCCAAUAAAUGGAUCCAUGAGUUUGGGCAGGAAUUCCACCGGCCGUGUGGGCGGAGCCCAGAAGACUGAAGGAUCUAGAGAGGGUGACUCUAUUGCCAGUCACACAAGUCAUGGCACGAGCAGAAUAAUAUGGAUCUGUUACAGAGUUGGAGAGAGGGAUGCUGGUGAGAAACAUCAUCUGAGGAACGAGAAUCUGGAGAUAAACAUCUACCAGGAAUCAAAGAGAAGAUGAGGAUGAACAUCUGGCAGGUUGGAAUGAGUUAGAGAAGAAAUGAUCUACCAAGCACGGGAAUCUUUUCUCUUGUGAUACCAAGAACCAGGGAGAACUUGGAGGUUGGCAUUUUUCAAGAAUGAGAGAGAAGCUGGUAGACUUGACAUAUCAUGGAAUGUCUGUAAAGAAAUGGUGAAAUGAUGUGGCAGGAACCAGAGAGAAGCUGGUAGACUUGAUAUAUCAUAGAAGGUCUGUAAAGAAAUGGUGGGCAUGGGAGAAAAGCUGGUGCUCAUGAUCUAACAAGGGACAGAGAGAAGCUGGUGGCAACAAUCUACAAAGAGAUGGCGUGUAUGGUAUGUAUGACGUACGAGGAAUGAGACAGCACCAGCAGGAGCGAGAGAGAAGCUGGUAGACUUGAAAUAUCAUGGAAUGUCUGUAAAGAAAUGAUGAAAUGAUGGAGCAGGAACGAGAGAGACGUUAGUAGACUUGAUAUAUCAUGGAAUGUCUGCAAAGAAAUGGUCGGCAUGAUGUGGCAGGAACGAGAGAGAAGCUGGUAGACUUGAUAUAUCAUGGAAUGUCUGUAAAGAAAUGGUGGGCAUGAUGUGGCAGGAAUGAGAGAGAAGCUGGUGCUAAUGAUCUAACAAGGGACAGAGAGAAGCUGGUGGCAAAAAUCUACAAAGAGAUGGUGUGUAUGAUGUACAAGGAAUGAGACAGAAGCGUACGAAUGGGGCAUCUUAUAGUCAUGAAGCUGAGCAUCGUAUUGAGAUCAUGGAGAAGAUGGACCUUAGCAACUUUUAGAAAGAACCUGAUGUUCACCUUUCAGAAAUCAGGGAGAAGCUGGUGCUGAUUCUCUCUUCUCCAACUGUGUAUCGUGUACAAGGGAUGAGACAGAAGCUAGUGUGUAUCCUGUACAAGGGAUGAGAGAGAAGCUAGUGUGUAUCCUGUACAAGGGAUGAGAGAGAAGCU